AUUAAAUUAUUUCCAUUUUCUUAUUUUUUUCAGUUUUUGACAUCCAACUUCCGAACAUAAUCUUUCGUCUUCCCAGCUCCAACCCUCCGACCAAUUUAAACCGCCGUACACGGAGGAAUCCGGCACUGUUUGGAGAUGAUCGUCUGUGUCGCAGUCGUCGGUCACCAGAAUAAUCCUCUCUACAUUCAAAGUUUUACUGGUGUUGAUGAUAAUGAUGCACUCAAGCUUCAUCACAUUGUUCACUGCUCACUUGAUUCUAUUGACGAACGAGUGAACAAUCCCAAGAAAUCUGGGCCUGUGCUGAAUGAAUCAUUUUUAGGUCUGCUUUACCCAACUGAGAAUUACAAAGUGUAUGGCUAUUUGGCUAACACUAAGGUGAAGUUCAUUUUGGUGACAACUGAUUUAGAGGUCAGAGAUGCUGAUGUGAGAAUUUUCUUCAGGAAAUUUCAUGAAGCUUAUGUGGAUGCAGUUUCAAAUCCUUUCCACGUACCCGGCAAAAAGAUAACCUCUCGAACAUUUGCUGAAAGUGUCAGCAAUGUUGUCAAGUCAUUUGGGUUAGGUUCAACUGGGUGAACAUCUGCUCACUAUUUUGGGGAAUGAGUCGAAUUACUUUCAGUUAGCAAAAUAUGAGAUGGCUUAGUUUUGUAUUAAAAGGACUGUAGCAAUAAGGUACACACCAUCAUGCUGAUAGCUUGAAUUAGUGAGUGUGUUUAUGUGAAGAAAGGCUAAGAGAUAAUCUUUGAGCAUGUACUACGUAUUCAGUUACAAGAUCAAUAUCGAUGUCAUGUAGCAUGUCGUAUAACUUGAUUAGCUUACUGGCUGUCUGGAUGGUCUUCCUCUGCAGCUGAAUUGAGACUUGUGCUGUUUGUACUUUGUAUCUUCAUAUUCUAAUUCAAUUUUCAUCGUGGAACUACAGAUAUUUCUGUGACUUAUGCUACUUGGUCUCAAGAUUUAGGUUACUAUCCAAUGUAUAAAAUCGUAAAGUUUUCUUUA